CACCGGUAGGUGGUUGUAUUUUCACUCUUGGCUUCAGAAUAAUACUUUUGUCGAAGGUUUCCUCAUUUCCAAGUGGAAAGCGAGCAACAGCUUGACUAGAUGGCUUCAGCGAAGGACCUCACGGACAACUUCCUGACGUGUUCGAUCUGCACCGAGGUGUUCACAGACCCCUGUACACUGACGUGUGACCACUCCUUCUGUAGGACAUGCCUCAACCAGUACUUACAGUCAAGACAGGAUGUGACACAGUCCAGGACAAUCCCCUGCCCCUACUGCCGACAGACAACCAGGGUUCCCGACCCCACCAGACCAGUCGGGGAGUGGGCGGGGCAGAAUAAACCAAGUCACAUCAUCCUGGGGCUGAUGGAGAGUCUUGAUGCAGACGCUAAAGACAUUACGAGCUGUUCUCUGUGUGAACGGAAAGGGGAAACAACUCCUGCCAAACACUGGUGUUGCGAUUGUGAGAUGUCUAUGUGUCAGGCCUGCAGCCAAAUGCACGGUUUGAUACCUAUGUUGUGUGAUCAUGACGUCCUUGACAUUAAAGAAGACGUUAAGGUGAGGAAGAAGAGGAGGGUCAAGUGCACAGAACACAAGAAAAAUGAUGUGGAGUUCUACUGCAAUGAUUGCGAGAAAGGAGUCUGUCAAUCCUGCUGUAUUCUAUACCACAGAAAGUGUGACGCGGUGGUAACCAUAGAGUCAAAAUAUCCAGAAAUGAAAAGAAUACUGAAAGAUAAGUCUAAACGAUUAACAGAACAGAUAUGUGAUAAGAACUCUAAAAUAUCUGAAAACAAACUUCUGCUUGUCCACACCAAACAGGAUAAAUCUGAGUUGCAAUCUCAGAUUAAGACCUUCUGUCAAGAGGCCCGUGACCUGAUCACAAAGAAGGAGGUCGACCUGCUACAGGUCCUGGACAGAGGUACUGAUGAGAAGACGGGGAGGCUCCAGAGCUGCAUCAAGACGGCGGAGAUGGCGGUACAGAGGUACCAGCAGCGGCUACAGUUCAUACAGAGGGCCCUCGAGUCUGAGAGUGUCCCGGACACGUAUGAGGUGUACCAGGCCUGUCGGUCAGGGGAGAUUGAGACGGACGUCCAGACCGAGGACGCACGUGUUGGAUUGUCACAGGAGGAGUUGCGUCCCUUUAUGGUGCUGAAUGCAGAUUUGGAUAAACUCAGUACUGUCUUGGAUGAAACUAAUUUGGCUGUGCAGCAAAGCUUUGAUCCACAGUCGUCCCUUGUUUUAUGUGAGACCAUAGGAAACUCCGGUGGGGUUGACAUUGUUGUACUGGAGGUGAAUGGAACAACAACAUGUGUUGUUUCCUGUCGCAUUGAGAACAAAAUCAAAUCAUUUUAUUCAAGAAAUAACACUAUGCAGCACUGUACUCUAUCCACGGACAACUAUCCCUGGGCAGUUACGAAAAUGGGGGAGAAUAUGGUUGCUGUUUCUGUUCCCAAUUCAAGAGAAAUUAUUACUAUCAACAUAACGCCUGAUUUACACAUUAUUUCAAACAUUCAAACUCCAAAAGUAUACCAUGGUCUUACGUAUUUGAACAACUCCACAUUUGCAGCUGGUUGUUCGAAGUGUGGUGUUGAUAUUCUGGACAUGUCCGGGCACCUACUGAAAACACUAACAAACACUGCUGGUGCAUAUCUGGAAUGUAUCAUCACAACAGAGACUGGAGGUUUGUUAAUCUCAGAUUUUAACCUUAAGGCCGUGACAGGUUUGACGGCCAAUGGAGAUGUGGACUUCACAAGCACUCUUGGACAGGAGACCUUCCAGGACAACAGAGGAAUGGCGAGAACCAGCACAGGCCACAUACUGGUAGCGGACAGAAGAGCCAACAAAGUUGUCUUAUUGACAGAGAACGGGAAGUAUGUGAGGGACAUGUUGACGGCAAAACAGGGCAUGGAUGAGCCCUUUGGACUGUGUCUUCAUCGAGGUCUUCUGUAUGUUGUACAGUGGCAGAGUGGGAUACACGUGUACAAGUUUGCACAGUGAAACCCUGACUCUUGAAGAGGAUGACAUUGUUCCCUGUGAAAUCGAUCUCGCCAACAAAUUUAGGAUUAACGAAUCUCUCUUAGAGAGUAAUGUCCACAGUAUUAUAUGAAGACGUUGCUAACAAAAUCUACUGACGGUUUUUGACUAAAUGGGCUUGGCUGUGUUGUUUAACAGGCAGGUGCGAUUAAAGUCGAAUCAUAAUAAUCGUCUACAUGAAUAUCACCACACCAGUAUACAUGGACAUUGAAUUGUCUCAAUGCGAGUCUUACUGGUUAUCAUACAAUAUCUAGAUACUUCAUUUACUUGCUAACCAGACUUAAAUAUGUUAUCGUGUAUACUGUAUUUCUACAUCGUACUUUCUUGUAUCUUUCAAGAUAUUUCAUAAACUGUAAACGUAUUUUGUUGAAUUUAAAUUAAUAUGUGUGAAACUCCUCGCGGCUAAGCUAAUUUAUUAAAACUGUUCAACAUACUUAACAGUAUUUUAUCACAUAUAUACUGAAUUAUCAUGUCCACCAGGGUAAAUAUUAUUCAAGUUAUUCAAACUAUUUUGAACACGAUUGCGUCAGUUUUCUUGUACAUGCUCUCUUCAUGAACAUCGAGGUCAUAACUGAAGGUCUUUGCUGUCUUUGCGGGGAAAUUGAACCUUUAUGUAGUUUAUAUUUUGAUCAAGGCUAUGUUGUUUAGAUAAUUGAAAAAAAUUAUUUUGUCCAUUAUCAUAUUCAACAAUUAUCAGAUUAGAUGUGUUGUUUUCCCCCAAGGGGUAUUAUGUUUUACAGUUUAUGGCAAGUUAAUACAAGUCAUUUGUCGUAAAAGUAAAAACAGUAGUAGAACAUAAUAUUAGGUAGACUUUUGCGAGGUUUCGAAACUAUGUUCUGUAGAACCUUUGAUUUGCAUGACUGUGUUGGUUUUGUUGAGAACACGGAGAUGGUCCUGUGUCUGUUUGUCCUGUCAGACGAAUAUAUAAAAAAUAAAAUAAAACUU